AUGGCCCAGACGAAGUCAAAGGUGAUGGGGGGAAAGGAAGCUGAGGUGAAGAACCAGCAAGAAGAUGCCAAGGAGGAGGAGGAGGAGGAGGAGGAGGAGGAGGAGGAGGCGGAAAAGGCGGGGGUGGGAGGAGGGGUUUCAGUGGCGGACGCGGGAGUCUCAGGGGGCGAGGCUUCGGCGACGGAGCGGGCAGAAGAGGAGGAGGAGGGGGAGGAGACGGAUCAGGAGCGGGGGAGGAAGAGAGACAUGUACAAGAUCCGCUCGCUGCUGCUGCAGGGCCAGAUCGCGGGGCUCCGUGAAAGGCUAAAAGAGCGCGAGCUAGAGGUGAAGGAGCUCAGGGUGCUCACCGGUGGUCGAGGCCAGUCCAAGCUAAGGGAGCUCGGGGCGAUGCUGAAGGAGGCGAGAGGGGAGUGCGAUGCCCUCAGGGCAAGAGAGAAAAACCUCGCUGAGGAACUAGCCAUGGCCCAGAAGGAGGGGGACAGCCUGAGGGGCGACCUGCUGGCCAAUCAGAAGGCCCUCUCCGACCUCAACGUGUACGCCGACAGCCUGCGCUCCAGGUACACAGACGAGAUGGUGAAGCUCGAGGCCAGCCUUGCCGAGAUGGAGCGGGAGCUGACGAGGGCGGAGGCGGCGCACAUGCGGGAGCGAAGGGAGCUGCUUGACCGGGAAGCCGCGGCGGCGGCGGACCGGGAGCGGUACCGCAGCCGAACCAUCUUGCUGCAGGGGGAGGUCGUGAAAACCCGGGCGAGGGAGACGGACCUCCGUCGCGCGAACGCUGCUCUUGUGGAAAAGGCCACUUCUGCCCUCGAGGCGGUUGAGGCCAACGUUGCAAAAAACGCGGGGAAACCUAUCGCUCCGCUAUAUUCCGUUACGACGACGGACUUUUCCCAACAGCAACGGGACGAGGAGAAAGACGGUAGCGAUGUCGGCGUUGUUGAGUCGCUGCGGCGCGAUAACGCCGCCCUGCGGAGCGAGCUGGAGGCGCUGUCUACGGGGGGGGGAGUCGCGGCUCCCGUGUCCCCUCCCUUCGACGGCGUUGACACCCGGGGAUUCGGCUGGGGCGUCCCCGGGGGGGAUGGGGGCGGUGGCGGCGUCGGCGUCGGCGGCGGCGGUGGACGUCGUGGUUUUUUCUUGCCGUGGUUGCUUGCUAGCGCGUGGGAGGGUGGCGUGGUUGCCCCUCGGCCUGGCGUAGCGGCGGACGCUGUUGUUGUCGAUGCUGUCGUGAAUGGCGGGAUCGGCAGCGGCGGCGGCGUUGUCAUUCCGGAUGAUGAUGCUGUUGAGGUAGACGACGCCGACAAAGCCGAAGAAGACAGCAGCAGCAGCAGCAGCAGCAGCAGCAGCAGCGAGAUCGGCAGGGAUUCAUCAUCAGCACCGGCGUCGAAACAGACGACAACGCCUUCCUCUACGACGGGGGUCUCGGCCGCUGCUGCAGCCGCGAAGGCGGACGUCAAGAACGAUGAGGAGAGAGCGUUCAGGGAGGCCGGCGUGCACAGGGUCGUGGAGGGGCUGCGGGCGGAGAACACGAGGGUGCGGGAGAGGUUACGGUCGGCGGAGCGCGCCGCAGAGUCGGGGGAAGAUCGGGCCAAGGUGGAGGCGGAGAGGGCUGAUGCUCUGGAGGAAGAGCUGGGUCGAGUUCGGGCUACUGUGAGGGGGAGAGUCCGGGCACUCAAGGCGGCUCUGGAAGAGGCGGAGGAAGACGCUGAUAGAGCUGUCGCUGAGAAGGAGGGGUUCAUGAUUCAGUGGGAGCAGGACGUGGACGCGCUGAGAAAUCAGCUUGGCGCGGAGAGGAAGGCGCGGCAGGAGGACCGGCGGGAUCUGGAGAGCGUCAUCUUCGACUUGGAGGACGAGGUUGACGACCUAAAGGAGCGCUACCGGCAGCGGAAGAAGCCGGUCGCCAAGAAGAAGAAGCGAGGAGAAACAUCUUCGGGAGACAACGAACAACAUUCGCGAGGCCGGGAGACUGGACCGUCUGGCACUGGGCUCAUGGAUAGAAGUGACGCGGAGAACGGUUCGCGACGGCGGAGAACGGAACGGGAGACGGCGGAACGGUCCGAAGAACGUUCCAAGAAAAUAUCCGACGAGAAGGACGCCGCGGGGCAGUGGCGGAAGGCCAUGACGUUGUUGCAGUACUUGGACUGAAAAACAAUGUCUGUGCGAUUCGUGUUUUUGUGAUUACACGGUCGGUGUGUGUUUUCGGUCUUCCUUGUUCUGCCGUUUUUUAUUCUGCAUUCCGAAGACGUCGUUGUACCAUAUUUUUUUCGUUGUCGGGAGGUCGAUUUGAACCACUUCCGUAAAGUUGUCUCGGGUUUCCAAUUUCGUACCGUGCAACCUUCUGCUCGCUCAACACCGUUUUCCGGCAUAAUUUUCACAUCUGAGGUAAGGUGAAGCGGGAAGCUGCAAAUUGGAAGCGAAGGACGGCUUUUUGUCACGGACGCGAUUGUUUUCCUCAGGGGUUUCCGGCGAAUUUUACGAUUCUGGUAGUGGCUUUUUUAGGUAUUGUGUCAAUCGGGGUGUGUGAUAAGAGCCCUCAGAGAGUGAUAUCGUUUUAGAGAAUGGGCGCGGACCCGCAGCAAAAAAACAGCAGUAAUAAAAAAGAGAC